GCCGUGUUCACCCACACAUCAUAUACAAGAAAGGAUUCUACGAUGGUAUUGGCAGAUUAACACUCUUACCAAGAUACAUCAUCGAGAGAACCAACUCGCCCUAUGCUGAAGGGACUUUCGAGAGCAUACGAGGGUGUAGCUAUUUGUAAAAAUUGAUCACCAAAAAGUCGAUAGUGACCUGCAGACUCAGUUCGAUAGAAUGUGAUUGAAAUCCCCCCAAAAACACAGAUAGGCAGGUAUGAACUGCCUCACCAUCAUGAUCGGUGAUGAGUGUCGAAGCCAAGAAAGCACCUCAGUGCUGCUCUGAUGCACCAACCUCAGCCACGUUGGUGGGCCAGAAGCCUCGCUUGCUCUGUGAGGUAAAGAUUCCUGCCUGGAACAGUUUCGAAACCAUGUCCGUCCAUCCUACCGGCUCUACUCGCGCUCAGCGCGAGGUUCCAUAGCGCAACACCGCAGAGUCCAGGCAGACUCCGUAGAAGUGCACCCACAAAAUCAUGCCACAACACAAAACUACUCCAUGCCCUUACCACUGCAACCCAGUCGGGAUAUCAUGCAUCAUCAAAGCCUGAGGGACAAAGGCGUACCGUACCGCAUUAGACCCUCGCUAGACCUAACCAACAAACCGCAACCCUUCCUACUUUACCACAGCUCCCUCUCCACGCAGCCUCAUUAUGCCCGAUCAGGAUUUAUCGACUCGAGUGCCCUUCGCAGGCUAUGUGUAUGUCCCCCUGACGUAUCUAUGUCUCGAUGACUUCGCUCCACGCGACAGAGAAAAGGUCUCGGGCGGAUCUCGUCAUCGAUCGUAGUUGUCGCGCGGACACAGCGGACGGAAUAUCGAACACAUCGGAACGUUGCGCUCGAAGCAUG